GACUUGUAUCUAGCAACCUGUUCACACCAUGGCCUCGGGCGGGCGGCUCCCGCCGCAGCCGUCGAGCUCGGAGGUCAGCGCGGUCCAGAGCUCAGGCAGGCGUCCCGGGGCGAGUCUGGAGGAAGCAGCCCUGGGCUUUCCUCUCCCGCCGUCUCCGGGGCAGGCCCCUCUGCCCCCGAACACCCAGAGCAGGUGCCCUGGGACCCACCAGCCCGGAGCCUCCUCUCUUUCAGCGCCGUCCGCGACAGUGCUCCUGGGGCCCCGGCUCGGAACGGAGCCGGCUGGGCGAACCGCAGACCCGGUCCCCGCCGACGCCCCAGCGCGGGCUCCGCAGCCCGAUCCACAGUCCCUCAAACCGCGCAACCUGGAAGGCAUCCUGGACGAGUGCCAGCUGCUCCGCUACUUGAAGCUGGCCCAGGACCGCGAGGCGCGCCUGUGGCAGGGCGGCAAACCCCAGCAGAAUGAAAUCUGCAACGCCUUUGAGGAAGUCGUGCUGUGGCUUCUGCGGCUUCAGAACAACUUGUACUUCUCCUGGUCCACGUUUAACCUGGCCCUCACCAUCUUCAGCCGCCUCCUGAUUUCGGUGAAGGUAAAAGAGAAAUACCUGCAUUGUGCCGCAAUUGCUUCCUUGAGGCUUGCUGCAAAACUUAAUGAAGAAAAUGAGGUACGCAUCCUUGGAAGUCCACACUGGGCUGCGUUUGAGGUAUAG